CCUGGCUAUUUCCAGACUCGUUGGUCUAGGGAAGCUGCUGUCAUUUUCUUCAGCACAAGAGGCUUGAUCAACUUGUUCAACUGACUCUGUACGCAAACGGCUGCUUGCCGUCGCUUCCCUGUCGUCAUUGUGUUAAUCCAGCCAAUAGGGUGCCAGGGGGAAAAGCCAACUAGUUGAUUGGCGCUGUCGCACCAAAAUUGUACCGGGGUGAAAAUUGUACCACCUACGUAAUUCGCGUUCGAAACAUUACGUCAUCGUUCGACACGAUUGUCCGUUGCUUCGCGCCCAUGUUGCCAAAGAAGAAAUGACAUAAUACAAACACUUUUUUUUUACUUUAUAUUUGUAUUGUAUUGAAUUUAGCUAGUAAACUGAGUGUUUUAAAGUGUAUCAUAGUUUAGCUAGCUUGUGUUAAUACACUCAGUUUACUAGCUAAAUGCCAUUAAACAAUUAAAUACAAUGCAAUUAUAAAGUAAGCAACGCUAAUAAAUGUCAUUUGUAAAAUAAGUGUUAUCUGCUUAAUGUUAUUUCGUCUUGUGACGCUCAAUGAAUGAGCGCGAAUGUUUGUGAAUAUUCAUGAACCUUCCCACGUCAUUGUUCGUCCGUUGCCAGGCAGGUUUGGAAAUUUCGAACACAGAUUACGUAGGCGGUACACGUUUCGCCCCCCGGUACAAUUUUGGUCUCAAAAAACAGUCUCAGCUUCUCCAAAAACGUAUCGGAAGCAGAAAGAUAAGAAUUGCUCUUCUCCUGACCCUUAUGAAGGGCGAAUUCAAAUCGCCGUCAGAACAGGUUGGGGGAACCCAGUCUAUCGUAAUUGGGGAUUAACAACUAUUCUGUGCAAAUGAAAGGAAAUGAAAAUGUGUUUCCUUCUUUAUGUGGAAAGCCGGAGACCCCAGACACCAUUUCAAUCAAGGUUGAAGAGGAUAUUGGUGGAGGCAUGCCCGCUGUAGGUUAGUAAUACACAUUGCAUCCAUGCAAGCAAACUGACCUACCAACUGAGAAUGUACUCGAUUCUAACUGCGCUGGUCCUCUUUUGAAAAGCAUCAUGACCGUCACCCUGCUAAAACACAAGGACUACUAUACAGUUUAUAGUAGAAUGAUUUAAAUCUUCUUCAUGACAGAUGUCAGGAAUGCUGAAUCCGCUCUGAUUCCCAGUAUAACUACAGUAUUGGUAAAGCAGGUGAUCAGAAACCACAGAUGACCUGGGUUGUGUCUUUAUGACCUCCCCACAUCCUUAAAAGGCGGAGACGUAGCGGUGCCUUCUCAGCUGACGCCUUUGACCCUUGACCCCCCCAAGGGGAACAAGGAAAAGGCAAGAAAGAAUGUCAAAAUAUACUUCUUCCAAUACACCAGUGUGUAAAAGUACAUGCUGUAUCCCUUUGUGCAAAUAAUUAAUUAAUACCAUUACUUUCUCUCUUUGUUUCCUCUCUGAAGAAGACGUCAAUGACAUUAGAGACUGCAGCACGCAGCGCGGCGCCACCUCAGAGAGUCUGGGUGUGGACGCCCCUGGCUCCUCCCACAUGUCAAGUCACAGCGGGGAGCUGCGGAUCCUGAGCGUUUACGGACAAGGGGAGGGCCCACUGGCGGUGGCUGGUUGGUGGAAGGUUUCUCCCAACAAUGCCAAUAUGAUCGUACACAUGAGGACCCGACCAGACGAGAAGCCGUACGGGUGUGACCAAUGCACGAAGAGCUUCAGUCUAAGUGAACACCUGAAGGGCCACAUGAAGACUCACACCGGGGAGAAACCCUACAGCUGUGACCAUUGCAAAAAGCGCUUCGCUCGGCAUGGCUACCUGAACGUCCACAUGAGGACUCACUCCGGCGAGAAGCCCUACAAGUGUGACCAAUGCACGAAGCGCUUCAGUCGGACAAGCCACCUGAAGAGCCACAUGAUGACUCACUCCGGCGAGAAGCCCUACAGGUGUGACCAAUGCCCGAAGCGCUUCAGUCAAACAAGCCACCUGAAGAGCCACAUGAUGACUCACUCCGGCGAGAUGCCCUACAAGUGUGACCAAUGCACGAAGCGCUUCAGUCAUGGCGGCAACCUGAAGAACCACCUGAGGACUCACACCGGCGAGAAGCCCUACAAGUGUGACCAAUGCACGAAGCGCUUCAGUCGGACAAGCCACCUGAAGAUCCACCUGAGGACUCACUCUGGGGAGAAGCCCUACAAGUGUGACCAAUGCACGAUGCGCUUCAGUCAGACAUGCCACCUGAAGGACCACAUGAAGACUCACACCGGGGAGAAACCCUACAGCUGUGACCAUUGCAAAAAGCGCUUCGCUCGGCAUGGCUACCUGAACGUCCACAUGAGGACUCACUCCGGCGAGAAGCCCUACAAGUGUGACCAAUGCACGAAGCGCUUCAGUCGGACAAGCCACCUGAAGAGCCACAUGAUGACUCACUCCGGCGAGAAGCCCUACAGGUGUGACCAAUGCCCGAAGCGCUUCAGUCAAACAAGCCACCUGAAGAGCCACAUGAUGACUCACUCCGGCGAGAUGCCCUACAAGUGUGACCAAUGCACGAAGCGCUUCAGUUGGACAAGCAGCCUGAAGACCCACAUGAGGACUCACUCCGGCGAGAUGCCCUACAAGUGUGACCAAUGCACGAAGCGCUUCAGUCAUGGCGGCAACCUGAAGAAGCACCUGAGGACUCACACCGGCGAGAAGCCCUACAAGUGUGACCAAUGCCCGAAGCGCUUCAGUCAAACAAGCCACCUGAAGAGCCACAUGAUGACUCACUCCGGCGAGAUGCCCUACAAGUGUGACCAAUGCACGAAGCGCUUCAGUCAUGGCGGCAACCUGAAGAACCACCUGAGGACUCACACCGGCGAGAAGCCCUACAAGUGUGACCAAUGCACGAAGCGCUUCAGUCGGACAAGCCACCUGAAGAUCCACCUGAGGACUCACUCUGGGGAGAAGCCCUACAAGUGUGACCAAUGCACGAUGCGCUUCAGUCAGACAUGCCACCUGAAGGACCACAUGAAGACUCACACCGGGGAGAAACCCUACAGCUGUGACCAUUGCAAAAAGCGCUUCGCUCGGCAUGGCUACCUGAACGUCCACAUGAGGACUCACUCCGGCGAGAAGCCCUACAAGUGUGACCAAUGCACGAAGCGCUUCAGUCGGACAAGCCACCUGAAGAGCCACAUGAUGACUCACUCCGGCGAGAUGCCCUACAAGUGUGACCAAUGCACGAAGCGCUUCAGUCGGACAAGCCACCUGAAGAGCCACAUGAUGACUCACUCCGGCGAGAUGCCCUACAAGUGUGACCAAUGCACGAAGCGCUUCAGUUGGACAAGCAGCCUGAAGACCCACAUGAGGACUCACUCCGGCGAGAUGCCCUACAAGUGUGACCAAUGCACGAAGCGCUUCAGUCAUGGCGGCAACCUGAAGAAGCACCUGAGGACUCACACCGGCGAGAAGCCCUACAAGUGUGACCAAUGCACGAAGCGCUUCAGUCUAAGUGAACACCUGAAGGGCCACAUGAAGACUCACACCGGGGAGAAACCCUACAGCUGUGACCAUUGCAAAAAGCGCUUCGCUCGGCAUGGCGACCUGAAGGUCCACAUGAGGACUCACUCCGGCGAGAUGCCCUACAAGUGUGACCAAUGCACGAAGCGCUUCAGUCAUGGCGGCAACCUGAAGAAGCACCUGAGGACUCACACCGGCGAGAUGCCCUACAGGUGUGACCAAUGCCCGAAGCGCUUCAGUCAAACAAGCAACCUGAAGAGCCACAUGAUGACUCACUCCGGCGAGAUGCCCUACAAGUGUGACCAAUGCACGAAGCGCUUCAGUCGGACAAGCAGCCUGAAGACCCACAUGAGGACUCACUCCGGCGAGAUGCCCUACAAGUGUGACCAAUGCACGAAGCGCUUCAGUCAUGGCGGCAACCUGAAGAAGCACCUGAGGACUCACACCGGCGAGAAGCCCUACAAGUGUGACCAAUGCACGAAGCGCUUCAGUCUAAGUGAACACCUGAAGGGCCACAUGAAGACUCACACCGGGGAGAAACCCUACAGCUGUGACCAUUGCAAAAAGCGCUUCGCUCGGCAUGGCGACCUGAACGUCCACAUGAGGACUCACUCCGGCGAGAUGCCCUACAAGUGUGACCAAUGCACGAAGCGCUUCAGUCGGACAAGCAACCUGAAGACCCACAUGAGGACUCACUCCGGCGAGAUGCCCUACAAGUGUGACCAAUGCACGAAGCGCUUCAGUUGGACAAGCAGCCUGAAGACCCACAUGAGGACUCACUCCGGCGAGAUGCCCUACAAGUGUGACCAAUGCACGAAGCGCUUCAGUCAUGGCGGCAACCUGAAGAAGCACCUGAGGACUCACACCGGCGAGAAGCCCUACAAGUGUGACCAAUGCACGAAGGGCUUCAUUGUGAAAGGCACCCUGAAGAUCCACAUGAGGACUCACUCCGGUUAGAAGCCCUGCCUGUUAGUGCAUUGCAACGCCAGCUACAGCGACCCAAGCAAUUUGAGUGUGCACAUGCUUAAGCACACGGGCAAUGGGGUGCUUUCACACAGGGUAACGGGGCGCUUUGAUUGAGAGCUCUGUCCGGUAUUUGUCGAAAUUAAUGCUUUUAGUUUUUCUUUUCAUCAGGAUUAAACAUUUUCCAGCUUUU